AUGCCGCCGAACCUCUCUCAAGAUAUCAGGCGGAAUGUGUUCCUCAUGGAGGACAUCCGCGCCAAGUCAGGUGGCCAACCCUACACGUGCCACUCAAUAGGACGACAGCUUCGAGGCCGAGCCGCUGAGGUUCGUCGAGGAGCUCCCACCCCCACAUUCAUCAUUGACCAGCUUAUAGCUGCCUUCGGUAGCAGCAGCCUCGACGAGAAAGACCUCGUGGUGCUCUCUGGUGCGCACACCAUUGGGAAAGCUCGUUGUGCCACCUUCAGCAACCGUUUCCCCAACUCCGACUCUGAUGACUUUGUCCGAAAGCUACAAGAUAACUGCACCGCCAAUGCGCACCGGUGUCAGGACCUCGAUGUGAACACCCCGGACAGGUUCAACAACAAGUACUACAUCAAUGUCAAAGAGGGGAAGGGGGUGCUCACCUCCGACAUGAAGGUCCUCCUCAACGAGACCACCCGAGGAGGUCAUGUGAAGAUUGAUAUGCUUACCUUUGACGAGGAUGGUCUUUAUAUGUUGCGGAGGAAAGCUAAGAAAACUGUCAUGUUCAGUAUGAACGUGUCCCCAAAGUUUGCAAUGUUUGUGGCCAUCAAGGUCCCAACUUUAAGGAGCAUGACAAUGUCAUUCAUGCGCUGA